CCAAGGAAGAAAUCGGAGAUUAUUUGGACGGGUGAGGAAGGGUGUGAUAGGAACCAGAGAGAAUUGCUAAGCAAUGGAGAUCACACAAGCCAUCCAUGAUAGCAAAUAAUCUAUGGUGGGGGGCAAGGCCGGCGAGGACCAAGGAUUGGAUGGAAAAGGAGUGGUGACGGGAAAAGAGUGGGUUGAGAAGGGAGAGGUUGCUAGAGGUGAUGAGGACAGUGAUGGUGAGGCUACAAGUGAUGAAGUGGGGGGUAAGGUCGAGAAGGGGGAUGAUGUGGCUGGAGGUCAAGUAUGGGUACACCAAGAUGUGUGCGUCAGUUCUUGACAUGGCUUCAGCUAGAAGGUUUAAAGAGAAAUUUGGGUUUUUCAUUUGUCCAUGGCUAGUGGAGAUGUUCGCAACGAACCCAACUCUUGGGUUCAUGAUGAAAUUAGUGCAUGGGAUCACAACAAACCUAGCUCUUGGGU